AUGUAUUAACAUAAGCCAAUCUCUAUUAAACUACCAUAUUGUUAAACACCCAUAUAAUAAGCUGAAUUCCUUUUUUAUUAUUUGAUAACGUAAGGAUGUAAUGAAACUGUUUAUUUCAGGAGUUCUUAAGGAAUAAGAUAUUAAUUGAACCUUCAAUAUAAACAACGUAGCAUUAUUUAACUUCCUGAUCAAUAAAAAUUUUAUUAAACACCGUAAUAUUAAACUUUAGGAAAUUCAAAGAAAUUAAAUAACAUAAAUUAGGAUGAAUAAAGAGAAUAAUAAUAACGAGAAUAAUACUAAAGAGAAUAAUAAUAAAGAGAAUAAUAAUAAAGAGAAUAAUAAUAAAGAGAAUAAUACUAAAGAGAAUAAUAAUAACGAGAAUAAUACUAAAGAGAAUAAUAAUAAAAAGAAUAAUAAUAAAAAGAAUAAUAAUAAAAAGAAUAAUAAUAAAAAGAAUAAUAAGAAUAAGAAUAAAGUGAAUAAUAAAAAUAAAGAGAAUUAUAGAAAUAAAAAGAAUUAUAAUAAUAAAGAGAAUUAUAAAAAUAAAGAGAAUUAUAAUAAUAAAGAGAAUAUGAAUAAAAAUAAAAAUAGAGAGAAUAUGAAUAAAAAUAAAGAGAACAAUAAAGAGAAUAAUAAGAAUAAUAAAGAGAAUUAUAAUAAUAAAGUGAAUAAUAAAAAUAAAGAAAAAUAUAAUAAUAAAAAGAUCAAUAAAAUAAUGAUUAUUAAAAAAAUUCUAAUUUAAAUACAAUUCCUUAGUAAUCACAAUAGACUUAACAAUAACCAUAAUCAAAAUAACAUGAUGAAUAAGAACCAGAGAAUAAAAUUUUAUCAAAUGAAAAUUAAGAAAAUUAUGAAAAUCAAAUUAAUGAUUAAGAUUAAAUUGAUAAAAAUCAAAGGCAAAAAUUAAUCUAUGAUUUAAUAAAAGAAUUAAAUAAAAACUCUUCAGAUUUAAGGUAAGUUUAAGAAUUUUAUAAAAAAUAUAUAUAAGGUCUAAAUGAUAGAUAAGAAUUAAUAAAAUAAUAUAAUGUAAAGAAAUUAGCAAAAAAAUAGGAAUUAUAUAAAAUUUGCAACGGUUUUCUUCAAGUUAGAGGAGAUGGUAACUGUUUUUAUACUGCAUUUGGAUAUUAAUUUAUAAGACAUCUACUAAUUACAUAUAAUAAUAAUGAAUUCAAUUAAUUUAUUAAUAAAAUAUAAGCGAUUAAUUUAAGAUUUAGAAUAUAAGUUCCUGGUUUUUAAAUAGAUGAUUUAGAAUUAGAAAAAUAAAUUUUAAUUGAAUUCAUUUAUUAGUUAUAAUAAUUGAGAAUGAUUGAAGAUGUUUAAGAAAGAUAACAACAAUUAUUAAUUUAAUUUUCUGAAUAUUAAGUUGGAUAAGAUGGAACUGGUUUUUUAUACACAUUAUCAACACUAUUCUUUAGAAAUUUAAGUGAUUAUUUGGUUGAAUAAGAUCAAGAAAUAAAAACAUUUAUUGGUGAUGAUUAAAAAAAUUUAUUGAUUUGGGAAACUGAGUGUAAUAGCAAUGAAAUUGUUAUUAAUCAAUUAGCAAUAUAUUUAUAAUUGUAUUAUUAUUUAUUAUAUUUUAGAAAUGUUAUACUAAUAUUUUUUGAUAAUGAAGACUUUAUUGUAAGAUAAUAUUAAGAAGAAAAUAAAAAUAAAAUAAUAUUACUCAUUAAACCUGGACACUAUAAUAUUGGUAUUGAAAAUGCUGCUUGA